UCGGUAGCUUGCUGCUAUCCGACAUUGCCGAAACAUUUAAGCUUCUUAGACCAUUUCGGUAUACUAGUCGCUGUGUUUUAAAUACACUUUUAUCAUAGUUACCUCGUGAUUUCAUAUGUUCAUAUUAAUCAGCAAGCUGGCAGACACCUGUAGGUUAUCUUCAAACUAGAUUAGCACUAGCCAAGUUGCUACUGAUAGCUAGAUAGCUAACUAGUUAGCUAACAUCUCCGACCAUGAGCUCACUGAGCUACUUCCCCCCUGCUAAAGAAGAGGAUGUCUACUGGACAGAGACAGACGUUCUCGUGAAAAAGGAGAAGGAAGAGGAGGCUGUCACAGUAAAAACAUUUUUUGAAGAAUUAACAAUGAAAGAAGAGGAAGAAGCUUUCAGAAUGAAAGAGGAGGAAGAGAAUGAGGAGGAUGCAGUGGUUGGUGUGAAAGAGGAGGGUGAGAUGACUGUCUCAUUGAAAGAAGAGGAGAAGGGUGACAAAGAGGAGACUGGAGAUCUUAACACCAGAGAGAGACCAGCCUCUCGCUCUGAGAGUGGGAAGAGUCCUUCAGAGGAAGCAGACGUAGAGAAGCCCAAACCAGCCAGACCACAUCAAUGCUCCCACUGCGGAAAUAGUUUUACUUGUUUAGUGGACCUGAAAAGGCAUAAAAGUAUACACGCAGGAGAAAAGCUUUACCACUGCUCUCAGUGUGGAAAGAGCUUUUCAACGUCACAGUCAUUACAAUUGCACCAGAGAGUACACACAGGUGCAAAACCUUACCACUGCUCUGACUGUGGGAUGAAGUUUGCGCUGUCAGGUAAUUUGAAAAGACACCAACUGGCACACACAGGAAAGAAGUCUUUCAGAUGUGAUCAAUGUGGGAAGAGUUUUACUACAUUCAACUCCCUGAUAAACCAUCAGCGAAUACAUACUGGAGAGAAACCUUACCACUGCCCUGUCUGUGGGAAGAGUUUUAAUCAGCCAAGCAACCUGAAAUCACAUCAGCGGAGACACUCAGGACAGAAGCUUCACCACUGCUCAGAUUGCGGAAUGAAUUUUACUACAUCUGGGGAAUUAAAAAUUCACCAGCGAACACACACAGGAGAGAAACCUUACAGCUGCUCUGACUGUGGGAAGAGUUUUGCUAGAUUAGAUGGAUUGAUGGUACACCAGAGAAUACACAGAGCAGAAAAACCUUUUAACUGUGAUCAAUGUGGAAAGACAUUCACUCAGUCAGCACAUCAGGCUAUACACAAGAGAAUACACACAGGGGAGAAGCCUUACCACUGCUCAGACUGCGGGAUGAGCUUUAAUAACUCAAGCCACCUGGCAGCACAUCAGAGAAUACAUACAGGAGAGAAGCCUUAUGGCUGUGAUGAAUGUGGGAAGAGAUUUGUUCAUUCAGGAUCCCUGGUUAAACACAAGCAAACCCACACUGGAGAGAGGCCUUUCCAUUGCUCUGAGUGUGGGAAGUGUUUCGUUAGGUUGGCACAUUUAAAAUCGCACCAAAGAAUACACACAGGAGAGAAGCCUUACCACUGCUCUGACUGUGGGAUGAGUUUUACUCAGGCAAGCAACCUUAACACGCACCAGCGAACACACACAGGAGAGAAGCCUUACUACUGCUCUGACUGUGGGAUGUGCUUUAGUUUCUCAAAAACCUUGACCAUACACCAGAGAACACACACGGGAGAGAAGCCUUAUCACUGUUCUGACUGCGGGAAGAGAUUCACUCAGUCAGGAACUCUGGUAAAACAUAAGAGAAUACACACUGGAGAAAAGCCUUACCACUGCUCAGACUGUGGGAUGAGCUGUACUUCUUCUAAAGAUUUAAUAGUUCACCAACGAAUACACACCGGAGAGAAGCCUUAUGGUUGUGAUCAGUGUGGGAAGAGAUUCACUCAGUCAGGAACCCUGGUUAAGCACAAGAGAAUACACACAGGAGAGAAGCCUUACCACUGCUCUGACUGCGGGAAGGGAUUUGCUCAAUCUCAGCAGCUGAAAUCACAUCAGCGAACGCACACUGGAGAAAAGCCUUAUUGUUGUGAUCAGUGUGGGAAGAAAUUCACUCAGUCAAGAAGCCUGGCUGAACACAAGAGAAAACACAACAAUUGUGGGUAACCUUCCCACUUUUGUUAGCUCAAGCAAGUUGAUGGUAGACCAGUGGACACACAUAGGAGAGAAGCCAUGCCUUGCUGUGACUAGUGGGAGUUUUGCUACCUUAAGCUUUCUUAAAGUGCGUCAUUGUGGCCUUCAUCGGUGUGAUCUAAUGCAGGGUUAACAAGGUGCCAGCCCUCUCAAAACUUGUCAGCCUUUAAGAGUUACAAUAUAUUGCACAUUGGGUAAUAAACUGUGUAUGUACAGUUGAAGUUUACAUACACCUUAGCCAAAUACAUUUUAAACUCAGUAUUUCAC